AUGGGCUGCUACCUGCCGCUGCCACUGCUGCUGCUCCUGGGACUGGCAGGUCAGGGCUCAGCUGACAGCCACCCCGAAGUGCUCCAGGCACCCGUGGGGUCGUCCAUUCAGGUGCAUUGCCGCUACCGGCUCCAGGAUUUGAGGGCUCGCAAGGUGUGGUGCCGAUUCUUGCAAGAAGUCUGCCAGCCACUGGUGACCUCCGCUGUGGACCGCAGAGCCCCAGGAAGUGAACGCACAUUCCUCACUGACCUGGGUGGGGGGCUCCUGCAGGUGGAAAUGGUGACCCUGCAGGAGGAGGACACAGGGGAGUAUGGCUGUGUGGUGGAGGGAGCCGCAGGGCCCCAGACCCUGCAUAGGGUCUCCCUGCUGGUGCUUCCACCCGUUCCUGGCCCAGGAGAGGAGGAGGAGGAAGUAGAGGAAGAAGAAGAGUGCUAUAAAACUGGGAGUCUGCCAAAGGAUCCCUCCUUGGACCCCGAGGGGAGUGCUAGUCCUCACGAGUUCCUAAGGCCUGAGAACAGUAUCCCCCUGAUCUGGGGUGCGGUGAUUCUGCUGGGCCUGCUGGUGGUGGCUGUGGUGCUGUUUGCGGUGCUGGCCAGAAGGAAAGGGAACAGGCUUGGUGUCUGUGGCCGGUCCCAGAGCAGUGGAGUUUCAAGCAUGGAACCCUCCUCAGCAGCCCACCACAGCAGUGACUCUGGACUGGCCGCCGGACUGCCCACGGACGUACCAUAUGUGAGGCUAGACUCCCCGCCUUCCUUUGAUAUCACCUACACGGGCUUUGCUCUUGAUCCUCCAACAAGGAAACCCCCAGCCCCACCCCUCCAGCCCCCUCUGCCUCCUAAGGUUCUGAAGUCAUCCAAGCCUGUGACAUAUGCCACAGUUGUCUUCCCGGGAGGGGACAAAAGUGAAGGAGCCUCCAGUGAGCCUGCUCCGGAUCCACCAAACAGUCAAACCCCACCCAGCUAA